AUGACGAAGAACAACAUUGCUGCUGAUAACUUUAUUCCAAUAAUGGAAUUUCAGGCUGCUAAUGGAUGUAGUGAUGCUUCUGCUUUUUACAAGAGACCUGAAAUUGUUUCGGAGAUGGAAUCUGUUUUGGCCAAAUGUGUUGAAGAUAACUCGAUAAAAGAACUAAAUGAUUCUCUCACACCUUUUAUUGGACUUAUGCUGGAUGAAACACGUAACAUUUUCAUUGAGAAGAAAUUAGCUAUUUAUGCCAGAUAUGUCAACUCAGAAACUGGCUCUGUUAACACUUCAUUUGUGGGAAACAAGAGGAUAACUAACUGCACUGCUUCUGGCAUGAAAGAUACCCUCUGUGAGUUUCUGAAGGACAAAGGCAUUGUGCAGGGGGGUGACUACUGUCGGAUUGUAGGACUUGGAACAGAUGGAGCAGCUGUCAUGACCGGACGUCAUAAUGGACUUGGGGUAAAGUUGAAGCAGUUAAACAACAUCCUUAUUCAAGUUCACUGUGUUGCACACAGGCUUAAUCUUGCUGCCUCUCAGGCAAGUAAGGACAUUGAUUAUCUCGAACAGUAUAAAGGGCAGAUAAACAGCAUUUAUAAAUUCUAUUCCAAUUCAAGUGUCCAAUAUGAUAAACUGAAGGAAAUUCAGCAGCUCAUGCAUGGAAAAGUUAAACAGGUGGUGGAACCUUCAUCAGUUGGAUGGCUGUCUGUAGAGGCAUGUGUCAAGAUGAUAUUUGAGUACUUUGACUCACUAGUUCUGUCGUUGGAGAAUGAAAAGAGUUCUAAUGCUACAGCUGUUGGAAUUUGGCCGUUUGCAGCCUCAGCACAGUUCCUUCUAAUCACAGCUUUGUUGAUUAAUGUUCUAUCAGUUAUUGGAACUCUUAGUCUUCUAUUUCAGAAGGAUAUUGCCAACUUGUCUGUCAUUAAACAGUGUCACUUGAACUGUUGGGACAAUUCAAGGGAUGAUUGA